AACAAAUAAUUUGAGCUUGUAAAAUGGGCGAUUCGGAGGAAAAUGAUGAGGAUCAAACAGCUGACAACAUGGGAAGGAUGAAGCCCACUGCAGUGCUCCGGCUGCCACUUCUUGACUAUGUGACUGAGGCCCAGGGCAGCAUGGGAAGUCUUGCUGAAACACCUUUUGACUACACAAGUUCUGAUGAGGAAGGACGCUUUCGAAGCCUAUCCAACAAUGAUAGUCCAGACAGAACUAAAAAACUUAGUGUGAGGAUAAGUGAUGUUGUUGAUGUCAACAUGUACAGAAGUAGUCCGCCAAGCGGAGAUAGCUCCAGUAUAGAUGAGGGUGAUGAAGACCUCUCCAGUUCUAUUGAUGAUAUCAGGCCGGAGAGAGACCAAGAAUUUCCUGAGUCACACUACGAUGUGCCUGCUUCUUCUGCUCGAGAAGAAAGACUCAGUGAAAGUGACAGUGUUUUUUCUAAGGAUAGCAUCACUCCUGAAAUUACUACAACUAUCGAUGGGAAAACGUUUGAGGAUUGUGUAGCGAUGAUGGAUGAUGGAACCUUCUCAGUGGCCAGUAACGCCAGUGAUGACGAAGGGUUUGCUAAACGAAGCAAAUCUUUCCUCAAUUUGUUCUUUGGAGUUGGAAAUGAGAGAGGAGAGCGGGGUCCAGGACAGAAACACAAGAAAAUAGGGCAUCGCAGAGUCGACAGCAACACUGGAGCUGUCUCUUAUAAGAAGAUCCCGGCCAGCGGGCUGAUGGAGGCACUGCAGAUUGGCAUCGGACACUCCAUCGGUUCUAUAACCCCACAAGAAGCUCGAGAUAUACUUAUGAAAGAUUUCAGUGAACUGGAAAUCGUACAUUUUCCUGCGUUGGGCACCUCAACGACGCCAGCACAUAGAUGUAAAGACUUCAUUUUUAAAACAUACGCCGCUCGAGCUUUCAAGAAAUUCCGAAAGGAAUUUAGUAUUGAAGCCGACGAUUUUUUAGUAUCAUUGUGUACACAUAGGUUAAAAGAGUUGUCCAAUCCUGGUGCUAGCGGAUCGCUAUUCUUUUUAUCACACGACGACAACUUUAUUAUUAAAACAAUUACUCGUAAAGAAGCGAUAUUCUUGCAGAAACUUUUACCAGGAUACUAUCUUAAUUUAACACAGAAUAAAAAGACGACGCUGCCCUGUUUUUACGGUUCGUUCCAGUAUGAGAGUAUGGGUAAAACCAUUCGAAUCUGUAUUAUGAACAACAUCCUUCCAUCUAAUAUAAAGUAUCACGAAAAAUACGAUCUAAAGGGCUCGAUGUUUAAGCGGCAAGCUAAUCAUAAAGAAAGGACGAAGGCCUCUCCAACGCUCAAAGAUUUAGAUUUUUUAGAAGAGCAUCCGGGAGGUUUGAUUUUAGAACCGGAUUUAUACGAUGAUCUGAAGAGAACUUUAGAACGAGAUAUUCGUGUUUUGGAGAGUUUCAGGAUAAUGGACUACUCCCUCUUGUUGGGUAUCCACAACAUUUCUCUCAAUAAACAGGAGACCCUUAAAUCUCGGAAACCCAACUUGGAAACCAGGCCAUACUCUGACCAGGAGAUAGGUUACGAUCAAGACUACGCAAAACAAGUACUCGAUAGAAUCGGUAGUAAGCGUCUGAAAGAUAAUUGGAAACAAGACGACAGUAUACCCCAAACCGUACCUCCUCCGCCACCAGAAGAGCCCAAGCCGGUGCCGCGCUUGGUGCAAAAUAAAAAACGCCGGAAGGCCCGGUCCGCUGACGCAGGGGGUAGUGCCGCUGAGCGCGCUCAAAGAGCUGCAGUGUCCACUUCCAGCUUCAGGCGGUUCAACGGUGGAACGCUGGCUGUUAACGAACGAGGUGAACAAUGUCUUAUUUUCUUGGGAAUCAUCGACAUUCUUCAGAGUUACCGACUCCUCAAAAAGAUGGAACAUUCGUGGAAGUCCAUUAUAACGGAUGGAGACACUGUGUCAGUCCAUAGACCAGGCUUUUACGCUGAACGAUUUAAAAACUUUUGCUUUGAUCGUGUUUUCAAGCGAGGAGACGAUUCUUCACCUCAAGUUCGACGCCAGAAGUCUGGAAUCCGACGACAGACGUCUCGAACGGGCAACUCAAAUAUGGUCAAUAAUCCAGUUCCCAGAGCCAAGCCUAAGGAAACUGUAAGCGCAGAGCCAUCUCCUGUUAUCGAACCAACUGACGAUGCACCAGGACCCUCAAAAGAGCCUGACGAGCAACCAGCUCCCAGUGUUAUAAAGUCCUCUCAACCUGCUUCCAGCGAACCUGCUGACGCUGUAGAGCUGGAAAGCGUGUCCAUUAGUUUAGAUAAGAGUAAGGAGGAAAACAAUCACACAGCGGAGUUGCGGACUGUUUUAGUAAGUCCUGUGUGAGGAACUGACUAGCUUUAAUGAUAGCGAGAAGACAUCGCCUCCCCAGCAAUGUCCUGACACACUCCACUAUUAGCUCCCAUUUAAUUGCACAGCCCGUGAGCAACAACUGUAGUUUACUACGUGAACUCAAAUUAGAAUUCAAUAGUUAAUGUAAGUACUGUAGACUUGUCGUAUAUUAUAAUACGCGUUUUGUGUUCCAUAUAAUAUAACUUAUAUGGUUAAAUAAUUAAACUCGAUAAAUUUGAUGAUGAUAUGAGUUUAACGUGUUUUAGAGUUGCAAUGAGAUGUAUAAUGUUUGAUUAAUGAUUAUACUGUAACGGGGAAUGCUUUAUGUGGUCGUGUGUGGCUUACCUCAGCGUUGGUUUUCACUGCUAAUUAUUUACUCGAUUACUUAAUUAAUUGCGUAAUUAACUGUGUUCGUGAGAUGCUGUAAAUUAGGUCCUCUCUUAACUUGCUUAAUGCUUAUAACCGAGUUUAACAAAACGUUAAUUGAUUGAAUCUGUUGCAAGUUCUGUCAUAUAUCAGGUAUUACGUUUUAUUUGCCUAUUGCCUAUUAGUUUUAACCACAGUUUCCAACCAACUGAUAAGCAACAUUAUAUCCUCAAGAUCUGAUGGUGCAUAUUUCAGGCUGACACUUUCAAGUUGAGAUCAUUUAACCCUCUGAAUCUGAUUUAAGUUAAACAUUUUAUGUUUUUUUACCUCUUUAACGUCUCUUACAAUUGAGCUUGGAAACAUCGUACAUCCAUGAAAUGUCGGAUUUUUGGUGAUAUUACGGGACAUUAUUUUUUGACACUUCAAAUUUUUUGCUGGACAACUUUUGUAUUACAUUUUUGCUGUUGGGUCUCUUCGAAAUAAAAAACACUGAAGAAAAAGUGCACUACACCUUUGAUUCUUUGUUACAAAUUUUCUGUGAUCAACUUUCUUGGUUUUUUAUUUUAUUUUCACUCUUACAAAAUACGUAGGAACGCCGAACGACAUUAGCUCUUCUGUAAGAUCAUCUCGGAACCAUCAUAAUUUCGAUGUGUGUUCCAUGAAGUAGGAGACUAUGAAUAGAUGUGAUUAUCUUUGGUUUUUCGAACAUUGUGUUAUUGUAUGAUGUAUCUAGAUUUUAAAUUCUGGAACGAAAGUUCAUAUUAUGCAUGGUAAUAUUGGUUUGAGGCCUGCGUACACAGCUUUCGCGGAGGUUCAAAACAUUUUGCAACAUUCAAAGAUACACAUUUAGGUAACUCACCAGGAGAUGAAAGUGCUGUAUUUUACUACGUAUUGGAACAGUUUUGAGUUGAACAUUUUUAAAAUAGAUAUGAUUCGAAAUAUGUAUCUCGCGUCUGACCGUCAAAGUACAUUAUAAUAAUUGACUUUGCAGUUGAAUUCAGAAUUUGUAAUAUUUUUAUUCGUAUCACACGGUUUUGUUUUAGAGAUGUUU